AUGUUUUUGAGUGGCAAGAGAGCUCGUAUUAGGAUUACAUUAGAAUCACUUAUCAAUGAAAGUGAAUUUGUUAAUUAUGAUCCACUAAUGGAAUUAGCGAAAAGUCGGGAUAAUAUAAAAAAAUUGAAUGGGAUUUUUCAAGACAUGAAAUCUAAAAAUAUUAAACCUGAUGUUACGGCCUAUAAUAUUUUUCUAGAGGCUUAUUCAAGACGUUCAGAUUUAAUUGAAUCCACAAAAGUUUUACAAGAUAUGCUUGAAGGUGCAAAUGAUGAACUUGAACAUGCAAAAGAUUUCCUUGAAACAAUGAAAAGUCAAAACUUUAAACCAUCAUCUCAAUUGUAUCAAAAGAUCAUUAAAGCCUUCAUAAGGUGUAAUGAUGAUAUCACGGUACUUGAAUUAAUGAAAAUGUCUGAAGGAGAUGGUUAUAGUGUGUUUUCUAAUACGAAUUUGGACAUUCUAAGAGUUUUUGUUUAUCAAAAUAAUAUGGAAGGUGUAUUGAAGUGUUGGGAUAUCCUCACUAAAGAUAAAUUUUGGUUGGAUGAGGGUUUAUGUAUAAAUUUGUUAAAUUUAGCCUCUGUGUCCGGUAAUACAAGACUAGCAACUGAAGUACUUAAAUAUUUAAUGACUGUUCGUAAAUUAGUCAAUUUGGAAUUGUACCAUUUGGAGCCAUUUCUUGAAGCAUUUGUUACUAAAGGUGAUUUGAAACAAGCUUUUGGUGUGUUAAACAUUAUAAGAUCUUCAAAGCAUGUAUGUGCUAUACAGACAAUUUCAUCAAUUGUAAAAUAUAUAGAAAGAAGCACCGAUUUGAUUGACAAGGCUUAUUACAUAUUAGAAGAAUUACACAAUGAAGGUAAAAAGGUUGAUAUAUCGGCAUUUAAUGCAAUCAUUGCUGCUUGUAAGAGAAUCGGCGGUAGAUCAAAUAGUGCUGAUUUGAAAAGAGCUAUUGAAACCUUUAAAUCAAUCGAGAAAUUUGGCAUAAAGCCUGAUUUAGAUACAUUCAAUGCUUUAAUAAAUGUAACCAUCUACUCUGGUCAUAAGGAGUUGGGCGAAGAAUUUUUCAAGGAGUUAAAGGAAACUAAUAGUCUUGAACCAAACGCUGAUACUUAUAAACACAUGAUAUUUGUGUGUUUGAAUCAACAAGAUUAUGAGGACGCAUUUAAAUAUUUAGAAGAAAUGAAAUCAAAAAAUAUAUUACCAAGCAUUGAAAUCUAUGAAAGGAUCAUUAUGAAAUGUGUUGCGAAUAAUGACACAAGAGCUAAAAUGGCUUUGGAAGAAAUGAAACAAUUUGGUUAUAGACCCACAUUAGAUAUUAUUGAUUCUGUAAAAUUUGGUGUUUUGGUGAAUAGAAAUUCUGAAAACACUAUUCCAAAUGAUAAUAAUAGUCUUCGACAACAAGGAAGAUAUCCACAAUCAUCACAACCACCACAACAUCGACGACAACGUGAUAAUGGUCAACAACUAAAUGAUCAAGAUAAAUUAUUGACAAUGUUAAGUGCGGAAUCAUUCAAUCAAAAUAAAGGAGGAGAAACAACCAUAAAGGACGAACAUAUUGCUCAAUUAGAUGCUUUCUUUGAAGACAUCCUUAGUCAAAAAGACUAA